AUGCAGGGGCUCCAUGCCGCGAAGGAGAAGGCCUCGGGGCUCUUUGCCAACAAGCCCCUUCUGUUCAAAAAUACUCAAUAUGAGAACUUUCAAGUUGAUCAGAAGGGUUACGACCAGAUGUACGAUGGUGAAGAUUUGGAAACACCACCAUCUCCUGACCGACCUCCACCACGACCCAUAGAUAAGUACGUGCGGGCGGAAUGUCCGUGCCUGAGCGCCCGUUACACCGUGGCGCUACUCGCCUGCUUCGGCUUCAGCAUCAUGUUCGGCAUGCGAUGCAACAUGAGCAUGGCGAAGCUCAAGAUGACUGAAAAGCAAGCCCAAAACUCGUCAGACAAAGCUCCUUUCGAAUGGACUGUUAGCGUGGAGUCCUCAAUAGACUCGUCGUACUUCGCCGGGUACCUCAUCACUCAAGUGCCGGGCGGUUUCCUCGCCUCCAUGUACCCCGCCAACAAGAUCUUCGGGGCGGCCAUUGUGAUGUCAGCUAUUUUCAACAUGGCCAUACCUGGCGCGAUGUCUGUGGGACCUGCAGCUGUUGUCAUCUUGAAAAUAGCUCAAGGAUUUGUCGAGGGUGUGACGUAUCCCUCAUGCCAUGGUAUCUGGCGCAUGUGGGCACCCCCAUUGGAGCGUUCCCGACUGGCAACCCUUGCGUUCUGUGGCACAUACGCCGGCAUUGUUAUCGGCAUGCCACUGUCCGGGUUGCUCACAGACUACAUCAGCUGGCAGGCGCCAUUCUACUUUUAUGGCGUGUCGGGUGUUAUUUGGUAUGUAUUAUGGCUGUGGCUGGUAUUUGAGAGGCCCAGCAAGCAUCCCACUAUCGCUUCCAAAGAGCUGACGUACAUCGAGCAGUCACUCGGCACUGCCACUCAGGCUGCCAUGCCCGGCUUCUGGUCAACACCCUGGAAGGCUUUCGCUACUUCCCCACCGGUGUACGCUAUUAUCGUAGCGAACUUCUGCAGAACGUGGAACUUCUGUUUACUAGUCAUAUUCCAGUCGUCCUAUUUCAACACGAGGUUCAACAUGCAGAUCACAGAGUCUGGGUUUGUUGGCGCCAUCCCGCAUUUAAUAAUGACGUCACUGGUGCCUAUUGGCGGCAUGAUGGCAGAUUACUUGCGUAAGAACAACAUCAUGUCCACAACUACUGUGAGGAAACUAUUCAACUGCGGAGGAUUUGGACUGGAGGCAUUCUUUUUCGUACUCGUCGCCUAUGCUAAUAACAAGUAUGUGGCGACAAUAGAACUGACCCUAGGCGUGGCAUGCAGUGGUUUUGCCAUAUCAGGCUACAACGUAAACCAUCUCGACAUCGCUCCAAGAUACGCCUCUAUUCUGAUGGGGCUCUCCAACGGCAUCGGCACCAUCGCUGGUUUUGUCGUACCCAUAGUAAUCGACUACAUGACGCAAGAAAAGAAUCAACUGGAAAAAGCCAUAACGGAGUGGCGUGCAGUAUUCCUGAUGGGUGCGACCGUUCACUUUGUUGGCAUUACCAUAUACGCAAUCUUCGCAUCAGGAGAGUUGCAACCAUGGGCGGAGACUGCUGUGGACGAGCCACAGGCCAUGAAGUCCUUAGAUCAUGAAACAACAUUCACGGAGAAACCAUCAGCGCCUUUGAAGGGUUCUGAUCAAGCUGGGUAUGGAGCAAUAGCGCCUCCACGACCCCCGGCGCCUGGAGCGCAUGUGCCCAACAACCCCUUCGUGUCGGGUGCGCUAUACCAAGCUGAACCCAUCCAGCCACCAGCGCACGACUACUACGAUGGACCUACCGCACAAGAACAGCACUAUGUUGAGUAG